CUCGGGACACGCACACACACAGAUACAGACAGAGACCGGGAGAUCACGGAGAUACAGCUCCGAACGGGCCGCCCGGUGCCCCCGAGGGCUCUGCGGUUCCGUGCCCGCCACCCGGUGGCUCUAAGCGACCGGCGGCACGCUGGGUGACCGGGAAUGUCUCUCGUUGCAGGACCAGGACCGGGAACGCCUCAAUGCAGCGUUCGCUUCGAUUGUGAAUUUGAUGAGAGGAGUCUCAAAGGAAUGCGAGAAGUGCUAUAGGUCCAUGGCAACCAACAAGUGCAAAGAGAAUGAAAUCAGACACUUCUGCAAAUACCAUGGCAAGUUAGUAGAAAGAAAGAUGGAUCCCACAGAAGAAGAGGAGACUGAAGGUACUGUAGAACUCAGCCAAGCUCAAACUUGCCAGCAAAGGCCCAGAAGACAUUCCAAAGAUUUCUACAUUGAAGUUUCUCCUGGCAUCUAUUCUGUCACAGCAAUCUCAGAAGACAUGGUGGAACAAACCCACGUAGUAGAUGUCAAUGCAGGACAAAGUGUUGAUUUAACUUUUGUCCUGUGAUAUUUGUUGUUUCCUGGCAAUAGCAGGAAUAAAACAUGAGGCUCUUUUUAAUGUGUGUAAUGAGCUAUAAAUAUCUUUUUCUUGUUAGCACUUUAACAGUAGCUUCCUCUCUGGGACUCCAUUUUUAUGGCCUGUAUAUUUGUUUUCUAGUUAAUGCAAUUAUAUGCAGCCCACUUUGUACAUUGAUUUUUAUAAAUAUUUGUACAUUGUGUGCCUUUUAAAUCCAAUUAUGUGACUGUGUAAUUCCAGAUUUUUCUGCUCUAAACAAUUAAAGACACAAUCAGUGAAAUAAAAUCUAUGAUCAAGCCUUUGUGAUGACAGCUUCUUUUGUAUUAUCCUCAGAGAGAGCCCCCAUGUCACAGUGUUGAC